GCGCGUGCGGGGCGCCGGCCAAUGGGAGGCGGUGUUGUUGGCGGCCGCGGCGGCGCAGCAGCCUAAGAGAGGGAGCAGUAAGGGGUGAGGGCCGAGGCCGCCGCAGCCGCAGCCGGAGCUCGAGGUGGAUAAAAUCCUUCUGAUGGCAGAUAACAGUAAUUCAGAAGAUGUUCCUUCAGAUUCCUUUGAAACUCCUAAAACUGACAAAGAAAAACUCACAGACCAGGUGAUGCAGAAUCCACAAGUGCUGGCAGCUCUUCAGGAGCGACUUGAGAAUGUGUCCCACACACCUUCAAGCUACAUUGAAACUUUACCCAAAGCGGUCAAAAGACGCAUUGAUGCUUUGAAACAGCUUCAGGUGAAAUGUGCUCACAUUGAGGCCAGAUUCUACGAAGAAGUGCAUGAUUUGGAGCGAAAAUACGCAGCCCUCUACCAGCCUCUCUUCGACAAGAGACGGGAUUUUGUCACUGGCGAUGUUGAACCUACAGAUGCAGAAUCUGAGUGGCCCAGUGAGAAUGAGGAGGAAGAGAAGUUGGCUGGAGACCUGAAGAGCAAAGUGGUGCUAGCUGAGAAGGAAGCUUCUGCCGACGAGCCCGACCCCAAAGGGAUCCCGGAAUUCUGGUUCACAAUCUUUAGAAAUGUGGAUAUGCUGAGCGAGUUAGUUCAGGAGUAUGACGAACCGAUUUUGAAACACUUGCAGGAUAUUAAAGUAAAGUUUUCAGACCCUGGACAGCCCAUGUCUUUCUCGCUCGAGUUCCACUUUGAGCCCAACGACUACUUUACCAAUUCUGUCCUGACAAAGACUUACAAGAUGAAAUCAGAGCCAGAUACGACGGAUCCCUUUUCCUUCGAAGGCCCUGAAAUAGUAGACUGUGACGGGUGUACCAUAGAGUGGAAGAAGGGCAAGAAUGUCACGGUGAAGACAAUUAAGAAAAAGCAGAAACACAAGGGCCGCGGCACCGUGAGGACAGUCACAAAGCAAGUCCCCAAUGAUUCAUUUUUUAACUUCUUUAGCCCCAUCAAAGUAUCUGGGGAUGGAGAAUCACUGGAUGAAGAUUCAGAAUUUACAUUAGCUUCAGAUUUUGAAAUCGGGCACUUCUUCCGAGAGAGGAUCGUUCCCCGUGCGGUCCUUUAUUUUACUGGGGAAGCCAUAGAGGACGAUGAUAAUUUUGAAGAAGGCGAGGAAGGGGAAGAAGAGGAAUUAGAGGGUGAAGAGGAGGGAGAGGAAGAUGAAGAUACAGAGAAUGAUCCUAAGGUGUAAUUUUUGUCUGUUUAUCAUUCAUAUCAUAGAGAGAAUGCAGCCAGCCUUCGGAGUGCAAGCAGCAGUGACACGUGCGGAUGCACGCCCCCCACCCCCACCCCCCCCCUUGGGAGAGGCUGGGCCACCUCGGAUGAAGGAACGCCUUGGGAUCCCUGGCCUGUGGCUCAGGGUGUUCACUUGCUGCAGCGCAGUCUUGCUAACAACGCUUACGGUUAACUUGUUUUCAAGUGCGUGGUUUUCACUUACACUUUUUUUCUUUUUGCCUAAUUUGUACAGUGGUAACUUUGAUGCAUUUCGCAAAUAGGAGGUUUCAGUAAAGUGCCCUCUCUGCCCACUAUUGCCCGCUUGUGAGCCAGGCAGGCGUACACACACAGGUGCCAGAGCUCAAUUGUAACUUGGUUAAGACAAAGAGGAUGUAGGACACACAUGCACAUGCACACAUACGCACGUGCACACUCACGCUUAUACACACACACACACACUCCACACACACUCCACACACACUCCACACCCCGCCGCCCUGCCCUCGCCUGCUUCCUAUCAUCUCAGAGCUGCCAAGUAGAAUAAAGUCGUGUUUGUUGGGGCUUGGGCAGGUCAUCUUCCUAUUUAUUUCCUCACAUUUGUACCUACUUGGGAUCGCGCUCAUUUCUGAAACCAUGUUUUGUGACGCAAGAUCUGGCCACUUGGUGCCAGGGAGGGGCUUGUGUAUCCUUCCUGGAGUGGAGACUGAGGCUGCUAUGCUGCAGAAGAGAGGGGGGUGAGCUGGCUGGAGUUUGGGUGUGCACGCCGGCCCCGGGGGCCUCCUCCUGGUUCUUGGCUCCUGCUUUUCUCCCCGAUGCUCUGGGAUGGAUGGGUUCAUUCUGUCUUUCUGUUGGCACCUUUCUAGUUACUCAGUGCCCGAUGCCAAUCUCCAGACACCAUUGACUAGCAGCUUUAUCAACACUGUGACCAGGCGUGUCGAGAGUGCCCCGGCCUUACCUUAAACAGUACACAUUUGUAACUUAAUACUAGACCGUGUUUUCAAUUUGUACAGACUAGUUAGAAUAUUCUAUUAAAGUUGUGAACCAUGAA